CCAAUAAUUUGCCGUGAGGGAGAGGCCGGGCGCUGGAUCGCUCGCUCCAAUGGCAGUGACAGCGAUUGUUGCUUCGAGUUUUCCUUCGAGCCAACACCUAAUUUCUUCCUCGUCUUCUUCGUGCCCGCAUCGGGCUUCGAAAGCUCGGACGCCCUUACUCCAAUCUUCGAGGGGAAGCAUCGCCACUUGCUCAUCUUCAAGCUUCGUCGGUGAGAAGCUUUUUCUCGGCGGAGGGAUUAAUCAGAGCAUACGAGAAUGUUCAUUGUGGAGGAAACUCAUAUUUGUUCCACCGAAGGUUGUGUCGGAGUUGAGUGAUUCUGAGGCAUACCUUGAUUCCCCCACUGGCGAAGUGUUUGGGUAUGCUUCUGCAGAGCCUAGAAAUACUUCUGCAGCCAGGAAGUAUGAUAGACAUCCUCAAAAUGUGGAUCUUCCGCCAGUUCUGCCUAAAAAGAAAAAGAAGCCAUAUCCUAUUCCAAUUCACAAGGUGCUACGAUCAGCAAGGAAUGAUAAAAAAUUAGCACAUAUGGGAGUUGAGAAGCACCUCGAGCCCCCAAAGAAUGGAUUACUGGUUCCUGAACUAAUUCCAGUAGCUUAUCAAACUUUGGAGUCAUGGAAAGUUUUGAUCGAAGGACUUGCUCAGCUUUUGACAGUGGUUCCAGUUUAUGGAUGUAGAGAAUGCCCAGAAGUCUAUGUAGGCUCAACUGGCCACUUGAUACAAGACUGCAGUGGCCCUCAAAAUGUUAAACGAAGGAGUCGUCAUGUGUGGGUCCGAGGAACCAUCAAUGAUGUCCUCAUCCCUACUGAAGCCUAUCACUUAUUUGACCCUUUUGGGCAUCGCAUUAAGCAUGAAACUCGCUUCAAUUAUGAAAGAAUACCUGCAGUUGUAGAGCUCUGCAUUCAAGCUGGUGUUGAGUUAUCUCAAUACCCUUCCAGAAGACGUUCCAUUCCAGUUAGAAUGCUCGGCAAAAAAGUGAUAGACCGCGGUGGAUUUGCGGAGGAGCCAAAGCCAUGCAGAUCUCAAGAUGCAAUGGCUCUACUUUCUGAGAUUGAUACCUAUGCAGUCCUUAAUGGCCAGUUCAUGUCACCCCCAGCUGACACCAGAAAAGCUGCAGAAAGGACUUUGAAGGCAUAUAGCACAGUGAGGAGUGGUGUGAGGCAGCUUAUGAAGAAAUACACAGUGAAAGCAUGUGGGUAUUGCUCUGAGGUCCAUGUUGGUCCAUGGGGCCACAAUGCAAAGCUUUGUGGGGCUUUUAAACACCAGUGGAGGGAUGGAAAGCAUGGGUGGCAGGAUGCAACAAUUGAUGAAGUGAUCCCUCCGAACUUUGUGUGGCAUUUGAAGGAGCCCAAGGGGCCGCCGCCCACCGGUGCUCUCAAGAGGUUCUAUGGGAAGGCUCCUGCUGUGGUGGAGGUUUGCGUGCAGGCUGGUGCAGAGAUUCCUGAUGCUUAUCGGCCCAUGAUGAGACUGGACAUAGUAGUUCCAGAGGCUGAAGAAGCAAGGUUAGUGGCAUGAGGUUAAAUAAUGCAUGGAAAUGGGUAAUUUCAGCAGGAGAAGUAAGGUCCUCCUCCCUUUCAUGCGGUAUGUACCAUUCAUACAGAUAUUUUAUUGCUUCAAUUGUAGAUUGGACAACUGAUCUUUAAACUGGUUAUAGCGUCGUUGUUAAAUAUUGUAUAUUUCAAUAAAUGCUCUCAGAGGCUUUGUUGGAUUAUGGUUCAUCUCCAUUUUUGUUUGGUGAAUAUUAUACUUUUGGAA